AUGAGUCUGCAACAGUACGAGCCAGCUGAGUGUUUGUUUCAGGUGGUGGUGAUUGGUCUUUCAACCGGAGUGGUUCCUAAGCGCGUCUAUCUAGACGACGUUGAGCGAUGCCGCUGGAUUCCUUGGGAAUGCCUGGCCGGAGAUGAUGGCGUCGAGCCAAGGCCUUAUGAUGAAAAAGCCGUGAUUUGGACGCUGGCAACCAUGAUCUGGAGCAUGUUUCAUAGAGUUGCUGCAAUUAUGUUGGAUGGAAAGGGGAAAAAGACCAAGUAUCCGCUUUGUACUGAAAACGAUCAAGAAUCUGGAGCAACAGCUGUGAUGAAUAAAACGCCCUCAAGACUAGCUUUAAAGGACAAUCUUUAA